AUGGCGGCAAGAGCUAAUGUCUCCAGGUUUGGGAGCAUAGAGAGAAAGGUGCCAUGUAAGUGGAUCGAGACUCGAGGGCCCCAGGCCCCGGUUCUCGCGGCGAAUCCUCACCUCCGGUCACCAGUCGCAACCAGCGGAUUCCACUGUUCCCCGCAGGACGGCCGGCUCGCAGCGCCACCGCUGUGCUGUGCCACUCGCUCGCUGACUUGGCGACGAAGCGAGCGGGUCAGAACGACAUGCAGAGAAGCAUCUUAUCCGCAAUCACGGGUGUCACCAUCCAUCACCCGACCCGUUCUUCUCGCCCGGGUCGCCGACGGUGUCCUUCAGAUGCGACGGCGCGGAAGAAGAUGCUCAUUAAUAAUAAUCUCGGGGAUGAGAGCGAGGAGAAAUUAUUUGCUCGUCAAAUGCAUCCAUCAUCUUUCAGGUUUCAUUUCAGCAUUGUCCGGCUUGAUGGUGCUUCCUAUGGCUUUGGGUAGUAACUCGACCCCGGCUCAGAAUAACGUCGGGGACGAUUCGGAUAUGCACCAAAGACGAUGGUGGAGUCAACUCAGUUCAGAUUCAACCCCCCAAGGCUGGGAAACUGGCAUGCUGAGCCUGAAGACUCUGGACGGCAAGCCCGUCUAUGUGCUCACGGACUUCAAGCAACCAGUGGCACCAUCGUUUGUGGAAGUCACGCUUCUGUUUGCCUCUUGCAGCAGUGCAACUUUCUUCCGCAGACUGCGCGCAAAAUAUCGACCGAAGCUCGAAGCUUGACACGAACGCUAUCCUGCAGUCAAUCGGGACGAUAUUGGGAACAUGAACCUUGGGAACCUUCUUUCGAUCGACUGCCUCCCCUUCGUGACGGAUGUACACGUAGAGAAGGAGGGGGCUUAACUUGGGCAUUUGAGAAGAAGGGUUCGAGUGCCGUGUGAACUGAACUGAAGGAUUGAACAGCAGGAAUGGAUGACACUGUCAAACCCUCAGGAGGCCCUUAGUUGGAGAAUCAUAGUAGAGCAACCGGUGCAGGCUCUGCCUUUAGAGCCGAACGAUGUGCGGGACGACCUUUUAGAGCUGCAGUGGGGGAUGUCUGUUUCUGCAGAGGGUAAUAUAGAUUAUCAAAUCUGGAUAACAAACAAGCAAACAAGCAAUCAUUUUCUUAGCGAUGUAGAAGUCUGUCACUGUUCGUUGACAGUAACAUGAGCCCCUACGAGCACCAACCAGACUAGGCGCUUUUACCUUGUUAACAAUCAAUCCUUUGCAAUCAUGCAUUGUAACGAACAACAACAACUAACAAGCAACUCCUUAGCGGUCCAGGUGUGACUCGUACAUUCGGUCUUGUGACAUGUACAAGGGCCAAACACAAUUGGGCUUCUUACUUAUCGUGGGAAUAAUGAAGCCAAAGUAGUGUCACAUGUUCAAGACAUUUCUCAGGCGUCGUACGGCACAGAAGUGUCGUACCCUACAGGUUUCAGGAUUCGGAUCUACAACGUAGGUCUAGAAGUCUGGAGGUAUCCAACGCUUUCUUCGUGCGUCUGCAGUUACUGUGAUAUUCUCGCCGAGAUUUCAAACCUUCGAAGUUCUCUGCCAGGUCUCACCUGUGUUGUGGAAUAUAUUUGUUAUCAAGUCAAGCACUCUUUGUAGGUCAAGCGCCAUCCUUUGCCACAUCAGCCAAACAGAGGAUGUAGUUGAGAGGAUUUUGGAUCACCACCGGCAAUAAACUGCAAGGCUUUGCAACAUGACG